AAGGUGGUUUGGGGGAGAUGAUGUUUCAGGUUGUCUAGGGCUCUGGGGAUGGCUGGCAUUGGGCUUCUCCGGAUGCCGCCUCUGCCGAGUCUGAAGGCACAGAUGGACGCACAUUUUCUCAUUAUGGUGAGGGGAAGUGGUUUGUCUUUUGGACAAGCGUUUGCUGCAUUCCGAGGCACUGAAUGUCAGGGCAGGGAAAGGUGAGAGUAGGCUAAUACAUUUUUCUCUACCGCACUUGUAAUCUGUGUCAUUAUUAUUAUUAUUAUUAGCUAUUAUUUUUUGCCACCACCCUAAAACUACGAGAGCUUUUGCAUAUGGGCCUGUAAAAAGGUGCAGCUAGUCAGGUCAACAAUGCUGCCUGCUUUGCCACUAACUUGCUCCCCCUUGGGCUGGCUUCUUAUCACAUGAUGGAAUUUUCCUUGCUUGCUUAAGCACCAUCAGGGUUUGGUAGAAGAGCUCAGUACUGUAUAAAGGUAUUGUUAUUUGAAGGUGGGAUCUGCCUUGCAGCGGUCCUUGGACAGCUGCCCAACCAGUUGGGAUAGGCUAGGCAUGAAAUGCUUUUCGGUACAAGUGUCUAAUGGUAGCAUUGCUGCAGAAAUAGUAAUUUAUUAUGGUCAUUCUGUCCCCAUUUAGGAUUGCCAUAUUUCAAAAAGUAAAAACCAGGACACCCCAAAAGUUGUCAAGCUUCAUAUUCAACAGGUUUAGCAAUCAAAGUAGGAAUCUUCUUUGAGGAUAAAAGGCUGUGGCUUAAUUUCAAUUCUUUGAGGAUAAAAGGCUGUGGCUUAAUUUCAAUAUUCGAACAAUGGUGAUCAGGCUAACCAGAGCUCAUUUGGAAGCAUAUUCAUGAUGUUUUACUGUUGGAUAUGUGUCAGCUUUGGUUGAUGGUCAGAUUCUUGCUGUGGUGGUUUAAUGGUUUAAUGUUCUCUAUUUUGGGUGCUUGGGUAGCUUCUCACAAAUAUGCAGAAAGCAGAAGAGAGGACACUUGGGGGGUGCAAGAGGGAGAAAGGAGAGAGUAUGAUAAAGGAAAGGGCAGAUGUAACCCAUACAGUAUCACAAGUUUGCCUAAGAGUAAUAGAUGGAGUAGAUACUUUUUGAGUGGGUGUUUGUUUGAGUAGUAUUGCUUAGUGCAAAGUGAUUCCAAAAGCAGCUUAAAGAGCCUCUUGCUGGGUUUUUUUUCUAGGUAGCUCUUAACUACACGCUAAAAAUGUAGUGAUAAUCCAAAAUAUGCUAUACUUUUAGUAAGGUAAAAUUAGUCUUUGAUCUCUUAGUGGAAUGCUUUUUGAACUAACAUUUACUAUCAUUACUAAGAGUCGUGUUGUGCUAGAGGGCCUUAUGCCACUUGGGUGCCUUGCUUUUAAAUGCUCUUAUGGUGCCAGGAGUUCUGGUACGGUUUCUACUUGUUUGCUUGCCAUAGGACUAGAGUGGUGGCCUUCCAGAUGUUGUUCGGCUUCAACUCCUAUCAGCCUCCGUCAACAAGGCAAACAGCCAGGGAUGAUGGGUAUUGUGAUACACUUUCAGUUGAAAGGGUAGCCAGCUUAACCAUGACUUACAGCAGAAAUAAAACUUUAGAGGCCAACAAAUAUUUGGUUCCACAGAUUUUCAUCAGUCACGAAGAAUGAAGGACUUUAGCCCCAGAAAGCUCAUUCCCUAAUAAAUUGCUCUUUAACAGUGGCAGACCGUACAGUGGGACCUCGACUUACGAACUACUCGACAUCCAAAGUUUUCGACUUACAAGUGGAAAAAAUAGACUUUUUUCAAGAUUCCAAACUUGGUCACCCCUUUCUCAAUUCAAAAAUUGGGAGUAAGCAGAUUGCUGCAUUAAAAAAAUAACAAGGACAAGAGAUCACAAUGCAAGCUCAUGAAUUGUUUAGGCAUCUGCGAAUGCCAGAACUUGGUGAUGUAAGGCAGUACGUGCGCACUCUUCCAACAAACACACUGAUGGGAUUCGGUGCUUUUGCAGCUCUCACAACUUACUGGUAUGCCACAAGACCGAAAGCUCUGAAGCCACCAUGUGAUUUAGCAAUGCAAUCUGUGGAAGUGGAGGGUGAACACUAUGCCCGAAGAUCAUCACUACUUGAUAGUGAUGAAACAAUGUCAUACUACUAUGAUGAUGUGAAGACAGUUUAUGAUGUCUUCCAAAGAGGAAUGCAUGUGUCAAACAAUGGCCCUUGUUUGGGUGUAAGGAAACCAAAUCAACCAUAUGAAUGGAUCUCUUACAAGGAGGUUGCAGAAAGAGCAGAAUGUGUUGGCUCAGCACUUCUGAACAGAGGCUUCAAACCAUCUCCUGAUCAGUUCAUAGGAAUCUUUUCACAGAACAGACCUGAGUGGGUUAUAAUUGAACAAGGAUGCUACUCUUACUCUAUGGUGGCUGUACCCCUCUACGACACCCUUGGAACUGAAGCUAUUACUUACAUUGUAAAUAAAGCUGACAUAGCAUUGGUUUUUUGUGAUAAGCCUGAAAAGGCGAGGCUCCUGUUGGAUAGCAUCGAGAAAGGAGAACUAUCUGUCCUCAAGACAAUUGUGAUCAUGGAUCCCUUUGAGAGUGAUCUUGCUACUCGUGGAAAGAAAUGUGGAGUGGAUGUAAUCAGCAUGAAAGAACUUGAGGCAUUGGGAAGAGUCCACAAACACAAAGCUGUACUUCCCAAACCAGAAGAUCUAGCCAUAAUCUGUUUCACCAGUGGAACUACAGGAAGCCCCAAGGGAGCAAUGAUUACUCACCAAAAUAUAGUGAGCAAUAUGUCAGCAUUUGUGAAAGCUACAGAGACAGCACUUGUUCCUUCUACAGAAGAUAUUUUAAUAUCCUUCUUGCCUCUGGCCCACAUGUUUGAGAGAGUUGUGGAGUGUGUGAUUCUCUGUCAUGGAGCUCGGAUAGGAUUUUUCCAGGGAGACAUCAGGCUACUUAUGGAUGACUUAAAAACUUUGCAGCCUACAGUGUUUCCAGUUGUGCCAAGACUUCUGAACAGAAUGUUUGAUAAAAUCUUUAGCCAAGCAAAUACUUCAUUUAAGCGGUGGAUAUUGGAUUUUGCUUCCAAGAGGAAAGAAGCGGAACUUAGAAGUGGCAUAAUUAGAAAUAACAGCCUGUGGGAUAAAAUGAUUUUCAGUAAAAUACAGGCAAAUCUGGGAGGAAAAGUCAGGCUAAUGAUAACAGGAGCAGCUCCUGUUUCUGCCAAUGUACUGACCUUCCUAAGAGCAGCUCUUGGUUGUCAGUUUUAUGAAGGCUAUGGACAGACAGAAUGCACAGCUGGAUGUUCCCUAACAGUACCUGGUGACUGGACCGCUGGUCACGUUGGUGCCCCAAUGCCUUGCAACAUUGUAAAGCUUGUUGAUGUUGAAGAAAUGAAUUAUUUUGCUGCCAAAGGAGAGGGUGAGGUUUGCGUAAAAGGGCCAAAUGUGUUCCUAGGCUAUCUGAAGGAACCUGAAAAGACUGCAGAAGUUCUUGACAAAGAUGGCUGGGUACACACCGGAGAUAUCGGGAAAUGGUUACCAAAUGGUACACUGAAGAUAAUUGACAGGAAAAAACAUAUAUUCAAACUUGCACAAGGAGAAUAUAUUGCACCAGAAAAAAUAGAGAAUGUUUAUAUGAGGAGUGAGCCUGUUGCCCAGAUAUUUGUCUAUGGUGAAAGUUUGCAGGCUUUCCUAAUAGGAAUUGUAGUACCAGAUCCAGAUGUUUUGUGUAGCUGGGCCAAGAAAAAAGGACUGGGAGGCACCUAUGAAGAACUAUGCAGGAGCAAGGACACCAAAAAAUAUAUUCUGGAAGACCUGCUGAAAGUUGGGAAAGAGUUUGGCUUGAAGUCCUUUGAACAGGUCAAAGGCAUUACCCUUCACCCUGAAAUGUUCUCUGUUGAGAAUGGCCUGCUAACGCCAACAUUAAAGGCAAAGAGACCGGAGCUACGCAAAUACUUCAAGUCCCAGAUAGAAGAACUCUAUGCCAAUAUACAGAUGUAACUGAGGAAAAGUGUUGGAGAGAAUGGCAUUUGCUAUUGACCUUCAUAUCUCUAAAUUGACUACAGCAAAUAUAUGGAAAGAAACAGUGCAAUCAUUAACUUGUACGCAAAGGGGUACUCGACAUAGGAAAACUGAAGAAAAUGGAACACUGCCUUACUGUCCACUUGUGUUGCAGACCAUUUUUUAUGGUGACAUACAACUUCUUCAAUGCGCCUUAAAACUGUAAAUGGUAUCUAUGUGAUUUGUAAGUUAUUUAAGACUUCCUCAGCCAAAAAUGUGACUCUCUCCAAGGCAUGUAAAGGGAUGUGUGUGUGUGUGUGUGUUGCUAGCACAUUUUAUUGUCUUUAGUAUAUUGUGCAGCUGGUGGUUUCCGCCCCAUGGAGAUUUUUAGUGUACAUUGAGAAAGGCAGGUCCCUUAGGACGCUGGCAGAAACUUGGCUGCUUUGGUUUCCUGUUGACUCCUUUGAAGCUCUUCUGGGUGUGUCUUACGCCCUAGGAAUCUAGAUGAAACUACCAAUGCAAUACAUAUUGACUUCAUGAGCUCCAGAGAUGGUUGGGCCAUUGCAAUAUCAUGCUGUAGCAUGCAUGUGGAUGGAGUUCCAGUGCUGGGACUAAGGGUCAUGCUCAUUCAUUGUUGGCCACUAGAUUGCCAGAACAGGCUUAACCUUGGCCACUUUUAACUUGAUGAUCUUUGUGCAAAGUUGGCUUCUGCCUCACACUAUUCUCACUUUCUGAUCUCCAAUAUACAAAAAAGCCAGCCACUGGGAUGUGGUUUAACAUGGGACAUUCUUUCAUUAGGCAUGGAGUAGGGAAAGAUAUUUCAGUUGCCAUGUAUCUGCACCUGUAUUUCAUUUUGGUGGGGGGGGGGGCGUGAAAUUGAGAUGCCUUGUAAUAAUCCAUGCUUGAGGUUUUUUCCACAUAGCAAGUCAUAAAUUCCUGUUUAAAUAUAUGUAAACAAGCACAAUGAAGUUUGCACUAAAGAUUGUGUAACUGUAAUGCACUACUCAGUUGUAUAAUUUCAUACAUAUGUACCAUAAUUGCACAGCCAAGCCAAUACUCUUAGAGUAUUAAGUCACUUGUUACAUUGGAGUUCAAAUGUUUGCUUAGUGUUGGCUAUUUCUAUAUUUUAUAAACCAAAAUUUUCAAAAACCAAUGAAGGAAACCAAAAUAAAUAUUUCUGCAUUUAA